UAUAUGAACAUGUCCACAUAUCAACGGCAACGCCAACGCCAAAGUUAUCGCACGCAAAAAGAUGGGCAUCUUUCAUCUUUUUGCGCGCGUUGUCAAUCAGCUGAUGGAUAUAAAUUUAAUGAAAAUUUGAGAAGGACGCGGCGAACAAAUUAAAUUGACUGAAUUUUCACUUAAAAACGUAAAAUGGAAGAUAAAUUAAUAGAAGCUGUCAGUGCGCACCCCUGCCUCUACGAUAAAAGCUCCAACCUUUUCCGAAACAAAUUUUUAAAGGAAAAGGCUUGGGAGAAGGUGGCACAGCUGGUGGGCGUAUCUGAAAAGCAUUGUCAAACGAGGUGGAAGUCUCUGAGGGACCGCUUCGUCCGGGAGACUGCUGCAUUAAAAGGGCGGUCGGGGGCUGCUGCUGAGGAAAUGCCAACAUGGUCGCACAUGGAGGCAAUGAGUUUUUUAAAAGAUCAUGUUGCUCCUCGAAGAACGUUUUCGAGCCUGGAUUUCUCCCAAACGGAUGGGGAUACAAUUAACAGCAACACACAGGACUCAGAGGUGGAGAAUUGCGAAGAAAUUAGUUCUCCAAGAGCCUCUAUUGAUGCUAGCUCCAUAAAAAAAAAAACGGGUCCGAAUGGAAGACAAGGCAAAUGAGAGAUUUGGGUCACUAUGUGAUGUAGUGAAUAAAUUCGUAGAAAGGCAAUCUGAAUCCGAAAGCUUUGAUAAAAGCCGCAAUUACGAGUUCUAUAAGGUUCUGGAUAGUUACUUAUUAAAGCAUUCAGAACAGAUACAAGAUACAUUGAAAAUGGAAAUAUUAAACUACGUAUUCAAUUACAAUUGUGUUUAAUUUUUUUUUUGUGAGCCGGUGCUUUAAUAAAUAGCUUUCUAGAACCUUAGAAAACUGAAUUUUUUUAGCUAUUAUUAAAGCUUUCGGGUUGCAGUUAAUUGUUACUAUUGUGCUGUUUGCGAAUCCGUAAUUGAUAACUUUCUGAAAUUGUUUUUGUACCUUACACUUAUUUGCACCUGUGUUCAAAAAAAUACUUUGUGAAAUUGUUUUUGUACCUGUGUAAUCGUAACUUAUUUACACCUGUGUUCACAAAUAUUGGAGUAGAAUUCAAAAUGAAAUUGUGUGCAACCUAAGAAUAUUUAUUUUUAAUAAUUUUCAUUUAAAUCAUAUUUUUAUUUAUAACCGAAUACGUUUAAAUCCAAGUUUCGAAUCUACUAUAAACUAGAAUUUGAAUGAAAAUUAUUAAAAAUAAAUAUUCUUAGGUUGCACAAAAUUUCAUUUUGAAUUCUACUCCAAUAUUUGUGCACACAGGUGUACAACUUAGUGAAAUAGUCUUUUUUAAAUAAGGGAUUCAAUCCUCUUAAUUUAUGUUUUUAAAUAGCGUAUUGAAUCCUCUUAAUUUAUGUUUUUAAAUAGAGCACUGAAUCCUCAUAAUUUAUGUUUUUAAAUAGAGCACUGAAUCCUCAUAAUUUAUAUUUAGGUGUUUUUUGUUGUGCCUUGUAAUUAUAAAAUAAAAAGUUAAUGUUUAUACAUACACACGUAUGUACAAUAUAAUACUAAUAUUUUAUUUAAAAUGUAUGGUGUUUACAGUGAGUAUGAUUAAUUUAAAAACCAAUUUCGGAAUUAAAAUAGUGGUACAUAUUAAAAAUUUAAAAAU